AUGUCUAAACCUGCUUCUACUACUACACCAGCUCAACAACCUACCCAAGAAUCGGGCGAACCUGAGCGACCUGAAGUCAAAGUGACUAAUAAAGAAUACGAGUACGCUGAAAGAAUGAUUACUACUAUAGAGGAUGAAUUCGAUGAUUAUAAUGAAGAGGAGGACGAAGACUAUCAAGAACUUAUCGAAGAGGAUGAGUCGGAUGAUGAAAGUGACGACGGUUCUGAAGAGAUACAAAUCGAUCCUGAAGAGGUCCAAGACCUUAUUCGAACAGCUGUCGCGCCACUCCCCGAACUGGUCAAAGAACAACUUCUUGACCCCACUGCCACGAUGCUACGAGACGGCAAGAAAGUCACUUCUCCCAUGAAGAACCAGCAAGGCAUUGAUCAAAUCACCGAACAGUUCAGAGUGAUGCUUACUUGA